AGGGGAUGGAUCAGCCCUAGCAGGUGGCGCAAGGGGACCCCGGCUGAAGAGAAGCUAAGUAGGCACUGGUGUUUGCUCCCCCUACUCCAGAAGCAAGUUCUAACUCCUUAACAGGUCUAAGGGAUCAUUCAGAGGAACUGGAGCCCGAGGAUCCGUGCUCAUGGCCUUCAGCCCUUGGCAGAUCCUGUCCCCCGUGCAGUGGGCGAAAUGGACGUGGUCUGCGGUGCGCGGCGGGGCCGCCGGAGAGGACGAGGCCGGAGGGCCCGAGGGCGACCCCGAGGAGGAGGACUCACAAGCCGAGACCAAAUCCUUGAGUUUCAGCUCGGAUUCUGAAGGUAAUUUUGAGACCCCUGAAGCUGAAACUCCAAUCAGAUCACCCCUCAAGGAAUCCUGUGAUUCAUCACUAGGGUUGUCUGGAUCUGGGACCAAAACCCAAGAAUCACAAGAAGCUGAUGAACACCUGGUAGCAGAAGUGGUUAAAAAAUGUUCAUCUGAGACUGGUCUUAGAUCUUCAGCAAAUGAAGAGCCACAUCUGGCCAUUGAUUCUCACUCAGUCAAGGAUAUCAAAGAAGAACCUCAACAUGAUGUUAGCAAAAUUUCAGUAGUGAGACCAUUUUCAAUCGAAACCAAGAAUUCCAUAGAUAUCUCUGCAGCUCUUGGAAAAAAAGCAGCCCAUGGCUGUGUAACCUUAGUCUCAGGUGAGGCUUCGCCCUCCUGUGCUCCAGAAGCCACCCAGGACAAGGCAAUGACAGAUGGCAGCAUGGGGGUUACGCUUGAUACUUCUGCAGAGGCUGAUUUGAAAGCUGAAAGCUCUUGUCCAGAGCCUGUGGCCAGCAGAAGCAAGCUGAGAAAGCCCAAACCUAUCUCCCUAAGGAAGAAAAUAACUGGGGGAGCGUUCUCAGAAACAGAAACUGUCAUGGAAGGCGCACUUCUCACCAAGGCACCAUUCAAUCCCAAUGAAUUGGAUAAGAGCACACAUCCUUCUUUGCUAGGAGAUGCUGGAAGCCAGAAAUCUCUCCCUGAUGUUAACGAAACUUCAGGCACUCUCAAUAGUGACACCAAUGACUCCAAGGUUGAGUUGCAGGAAGAGUCGAGGAGUCCAUCUCUCAAACUUGAAUUUGAUUUCACAGAAGACAUGGAGAAUGUAGAGGCCAGGAAAGGCCUUCCAAGGAAACUUGGCAGGAAACCGGGUAACAGACUGACUCCCAAGAUACCAAAAGAUGGCCUCAGUGAGCCAGUAGGUGUAGAGCAGCCUGCAGACCCAGCAGCCAGAGACGCCCCUCUCUCCCAAGUGUCUUCUAAGCUAGACCUUAGUCAGUGGGAUCACCCCAGUUUUAAUCCCUUUGGGAGCCACUCCAUUCUACAGAACUCCCCACCCCUCUCCUCUAAGGGCUCCUACCACUUUGACCCAGAUAACUUUGAUGAAUCCACGGAUCCCUUUAAACCAACUACGACUUUAACAAACAGCGACUUUUGUUCCACCACUGAUAAUCAUGUUAAUGACAUCUUAGAGUCACCCAAGAAGGCAAAGUCGCGUUUAAUAACGAGUGGCUGUAAGGUGAAGAAAUACGAAACUCAGUCUCUUGCUUUGGAUACUUGUUCUCAGGAUGAAGGAGCAGUGAUCUCCCAGAUUUCAGACAUUUCCAAUAGGGAUGGCCAUGCUACUGAUGAGGAGAAACUGGCAUCCACAUCAUGUGGUCAGAAAUCAGCUGGGGCCGAGGUGAAAGGUGAGCCAGAGGAAGACGUGGAGUACUUUGAAUGUUCCAAUGUUCCUGUGUCUACCAUAAAUCAUGCGUUUUCAUCCUCAGAAGCAGGUGUAGAGAAAGAAUCGUGUCAGAAGAUGGAAAAAGACGGAUCUACUGUACUUGGAUUGUUCGAAUCCUCUAUGGAGAAGGCUCCUGUGUCUGUGGCCUGCGGAGGUGAGAGCCCCCUGGAUGGAAUCUGCCUCAGCGAAUCAGAUAAGACAGCUGUGCUCACCUUGAUAAGAGAAGAGAUAAUCACUAAAGAGAUUGAAGCCAGUGAAUGGAAGAAGAAAUAUGAAGAGACCCGACAAGAAGUUUUGGAGAUGAGGAAAAUUGUGGCUGAAUAUGAAAAGACCAUUGCCCAAAUGAUUGAAGAUGAACAAAGGACAAACAUGACCUCUCAGAAGAGCUUCCAGCAACUUACCAUGGAGAAGGAGCAGGCCCUGGCUGACCUCAACUCUGUGGAGCGAUCCCUUUCUGAUCUCUUCAGGAGAUACGAGAACCUGAAAGGCGUACUGGAAGGGUUCAAGAAGAAUGAAGAAGCCUUGAAAAAAUGUGCUCAGGAUUACUUAGCCAGAGUUAAACAAGAGGAACAACGGUAUCAGGCCCUGAAAAUCCAUGCAGAAGAAAAACUAGACAAAGCCAAUGAAGAGAUUGCUCAGGUUCGCACAAAGGCAAAGGCUGAAAGCGCAGCUCUGCACGCUGGACUCCGGAAAGAGCAGAUGAAGGUGGAAUCCCUGGAAAGAGCCCUGCAGCAGAAGAACCAAGAAAUUGAAGAACUGACAAAAAUCUGUGACGAGCUGAUUGCAAAGCUGGGAAAGACUGACUGAGAUUCCUCUCUUCACGUAGCAGAUCUGCACUCCAAUGCUUCUGUCAUGACCACAAGUAUCUUGCCUUAUCUAGGAAUAAUCGUACUUUUGCAGAGAAAAAAAAAUUAAAAAAAAAAAAAAAGCACAGACCCACCGCUGCCUGUCCCGCUUAGUUGCCAGUACAGCAGCCCUGGAAGGAGCCCUGGAGGUUAGCCCAGUCAGGAAGGAGUGUGAUCUGCCAGUGCUGGAGUCCUUUUCUGCUCCCCAGCAUCAGAUUCAGUUAGGGAGGCUGCAGAGCCUGGAUUUGUGAUUUCUCUGUCUUAGUUGGUCUUAAAGUCAUCUUUCCUUCUCCCAAGUUUGUAAUUUGUGAUUUUGUGGCUACCAUUUGGGGUUAUCUCCUCUACCACCUGUCUGAUAUUUUUAUGACCUUAUAAUCUUUUAAUUUUCAGUAUCACUGGUUUUAUUGAAGGAGAUGAUCUGGCCUUUUGUUAUUUCCCGUUUAUAAACAAGAAGGGGCUUUGAGUAUCUUUGUUAUAUACAUUAUCCCUCACACAUCUCUAUCUAUACAUGCUGCUGCUUUUUCCCUACAGCACAUAGAAGAACAUAUAUCUAUAAAUGUAAAACCCUGUUUUGAAACAGCCCUGUUUCCAAAUGCUAACUUCCAAAUUUGGGUAUCAAGUACAGUGACACAUGCCUGUACUACAGCUACUCAGGAGGCUGAGACUAGAGGGUCAGUUGAGCCCAGAAGCACUGUCUUCUCCUGACCCCCCCCCCUGAAAAAAGAAAAGGAAAGAAAGAAACUGGGGGGCAUCCAAGAUGUGAAGGCCAUAGACAUGAGUUUCACAUCUAGGGAAGACUUUCUGCCACGCUGUUUCAUUGCCUUGGUAUUUAGACACCCCCGCAUAUUGAUGAGGACAGCCCUUUGGCACUGAGUCCUCCUACUGAAAGUGGUGUCUGCUUUCUGCAUGAACAUCGGUGCAGAAACCCCUCAAAGCUGGGGUUUGUGAAAUCUGCCCUGGAGUCAUUUAGCCUUCUGCUUCCUUUUGUUGAUGCAAAACCAACAUCUCACCUUUGUUAUCUCUGAAAUAUGCAAAGAAAAAUCUAUUUGUGAAAGCUUAGAUGGUCUUAUUUAAAAAGUAACUAUAGCCCUGUUACUAAUUACAAGGCAAAGGAAGAGUAAUCUCUUUGUCUUUACAAGUGUGGUACAUUGUUCUUUGGAUAUUUAAAAAAGAAAAAAUCCUUUCAUACUUAAGAUAGAGUUUUUAACAAAACAGGCAGUAAAAAUAAUAUGUGACCCAUUCCAAAGAUUAGCACAUAUGUUUGAACAAAACAGUCUGAACACUAGGGAAGGAGGUGCAGGGAGAAGGUCCAUACAGACAAAACCAAGUUCCUCCAGCUAUUGCUGGACACAGUUCAGAGUAGUGGGACUUUAACCCCAAAAUGGAAAUUUCCCACGAAUCCCCUUUCA